AUGGAGCCUCAAACGUCGCAGAUACCUUCGUGGGUCCGCCAAGGCGCGCGCGAUCCCCGCUCGCCGACGCACGCGCAGAACCGCGGGAGGUUCGGCGCAAGCCCCCGCCACCACCCGCGCAGGCGCGGGGGCAGCGCGGCAACCCCUAGGUUCUUGAACAGCCCCCGAAGCGCCGCAACUGACGGCAGCUUUAGGAGAGAUGCCGCCAGUGCAAGCGGCAGCAGCCGCAGCAGUAAUAGCAGUAACAGCAGUAGUAGUAGCAGUAGCAACGGGGCUCCCCACGGGACCUUAGCCCAACCCAACCACCCGCAGCCACGUCAGCAGCCAGAACAUCCACGUCAGCAUCACCUCCGCCAUCAUUACGUGCCGCCGGUCGAGACGCCUUCCCACCGCGCGGCUCGCGCGGCCGCCUGGGCGGCAAGGGAUCGCAGCAGAGCGCGGCCACGUCAGCAGGGGGAAAGGCGGGUUUCUGCGGAGCGGGGGGACUGGGGGCGGGGACAUGGCCGAGAGCCGAUCGGCGGAAGCUCCGCGGAGCUUCCCCGGGGGCUUUCCGCGGGUCACUCCGCUUCCGCUGCUUCGUCCAAAGGCGCAGUUGGCGCAGGUGGCGCGGUUUCUGGUAGUUCCGCUGCAUUAGACUCGCAAGAGCAGGCUCGGGUCGAAGCUGAGGUUCGGCAGAUUGUCCACCACGCCGAGGCGAAGGCUCGACAGCAGCAGCAGCAGAAGCAAAUGGUGCCACGUCAGCAACUCCAGCUGGGACCGCGGGGUGGGAUUGGGCGGAGCGAACAGCGCCAUGCCACGUGGAUCUUCCCAGGCCACGGCACCGCGCCUCGGGCCAUUUCCCGCCAAAACGCUGCCGCACUUUCCCGCGGAUUGCGCAACGGACUGCAGCAGCGCUUCCGCCAGCUUUCCCCGUUCCCCCUCGCUACCCGCUUCCGCGACCCGUUCGAAGCGCUGAAGCGCAGCGUUCUCGAGGCGCCGUUAGAGGCGCAAAAGGCGGUGCGAGCCGCCGUGAAACGCGGGGAAGAGAGGGUCAACUCGGCGCGCUUAGGAACCGUGAUGGUGGUGCUCGGGCUGUGGGAGGUGGCUCGGAACAAGCUGGCGCAGGCUCGGCAGCGGCACCAGGUUCGGAGCCAGGUUCGGGUAUGGGGGCAGAGGCUCGGCAGGGAGGCGCCUGUUGCGGCGAAAUGGGCGAUGACGAGCGGAUGGGGGGAAACGGGGGACGCGCGAGGGGGCGGAGAGGGGCGAGCGGGGGAAGGGAUGGGGGAACGAGUUCCGGGAGGGGGAGGCGAGUCUUUCUGGGGAGGUAACGGCGAGGCAUUAGGUAGACCUACCCCGGAUAUGCCUUCCCCUGACGCGUUUGGCCUUGGCAUUGUAAGGGGGCUCUUGGGAAGUGGUGUUUUGGGAUGGCCACGGCAGCGAGACGAAGCAGCGUAUAGCGAGGAAGCUUAUAAAGAGGAUGGGGCUUGGCAGCAACGGGAGGCGAGACUCCUGGGCCAGUCUCAGGCGCUAUGGCGUCAGGUGGCCUCUCUGUUGAACCCACCUGGCUCUGUUGCAGAAGCACCUGAGCGGCUGGAUCCCAUGGCACCUGAAGCUCCCACCGUUAUUGAUCCCCAUUCCCAGGGGAAGGUGAAUAUGAGCGCGGGCGCGCCCCACGUGCAGGUGCAUUCCCCCCUCCGCCACUCCCCCGCCCUUCCCCCCAGCUCCCCCCAUCCUCCCCUUCCCCCCCAACCCCCCCGCGCCCUGCUUGACCCCUGGGCGGCUCUGCAAAUCGCGGAGGAACAGUUCGGGGCGCAGGUGGGCGGCAGGGCGGCUUCAGGAGUAGCUACUGAAGCGGUUCAGGAGGAAGGGGAGGAGGAAGCUUCCGGGUUGGUGUCUGCCUUGCUGACUCAGGCCGUUCACUCUUUUCUACGGUCCCAGCUCGACUCGUGUGGCGAUCUGAGGAUCAAGGUGGCCGCUACAGGACAAGACCUGCUCUCCGGGCGGCUGGCUGGCGUGUCGGUGUCGGCCCGGGCGGCUGAGUACAAGGGUUUGUCCGUUUCUGACGUGGAUAUGGCUGCUUCUUCUGUCCGCUUUGGCAAGAAUUGGGGCCUCGCUCCAAAUUUCACCGACUCGCACUUCCCAGUGCGCGCCUUUCUAUCCAUGAGCCCUGACGACUUCAACAGGAGCUAUUUCUUUCCCUGCAAGUUACUUUUGCUCCUUGUUCCUUCCAUCCCUAUGCUCUCACUAACUCCUUCCACUCACUCCAUCUUUCCAACUUUCCCUCUCUCUCCCGCCCACUCCCCCUUCUCUUCCCCCCGUCCCCCCCUGCAGCCUAAGGAGCCCUCUCCUCUUCCCUCUCCUCCGCUCUGUCUUUUCAUUGGACGACCGCCAGCCAAUCCCAGCCCUCCACGUGUCCCUUGCCGCUCCCCCCGUUUCACCCCCUCCCCCCGCUUUACCCCCUCCCCCCGAUUCACCCCUCGAUUCAACCCCACAGCUCGCCUCAAUUCCCCCCACUCCUCCCCCCACCACCACUCCCCCUACUACUCCCCCCAAUUCUCCUCCCCCCGCCUAUCCGUCCGCUAUUCCUCCCCUUUCACCUCCUCCCCCACUUCCUCCUCCCAACCCUCCCUAGACCUCCCUCUCCUCCCCAUUCCCCCUCUGCUGCCCAACCCACUGUCACUGUUGAGAUUCUCUGCCGCCCAGAUCAGAUUCCCUCAGCCAGUGCUGGAUACUGUCGGGCGGCUGCAGCUCCUGAAGCCGCCCUUUCUGUUCCCUUCCCACUCCUCCCCUCAAACCGCGGAUACUACACCAUCCUCUACCCGUCCCUCAUCCUCGCUUCCUCACUCACCCUCGCUCUCCUCUCCCUCCUCUCCCUCUCUCUCCUCCUCCCCUCCUCCCUCUCCCCGCUCCCCUCGCCUCUCUACCUCUCUAGCCCGCCGCCUCCGUCCCCUCCGCAUCCCCCACCCCAACAACCCAGCUGCAAACCUUCCUACCGCUCACAACCACGCUCUGCAAACUUCUGCUGAAUCUCCUGCUGCUGCUACACCAGCAGCGUUAUCCCCCUACGCCUGGAGAGGGCCAGGAACGCCAUUCUUUGCUAGCUCUAGAAACCUUCUGGCUUUCAGGUCAGAGGAAGUGGAUGGAGCAGCAACAGCAGCAGCAACAGCAGAAGCAGCAGCAGCAGCAGCAGCAGCAGCAGCUAAGCGGAGAGGAAAUGGGUGUUUCUGGCCCUGGGGCUGGUUGGCUGUCCCUAUCUAA